GGUUAGAAGGGGUGGGGUGGAAGUCCGACUGGAAAGAGUCUGUCUACGUUUCUUUUUCGUGUUUACCGUCACAGUUUUCGGGAAGCGAGUCAUCCAGCGGUUUUUAAUGGCAGCUGUCAAGAUCCAGCGCCGACCAGCCAACUAUCGCGAGAAGACGGGGCAGUGCGAGAAGAACGGGCACAGGCAAGGCAUAGCAAUAUUCAUAUUUAGCAACAACAACAACAACCUUUACGAAAAUGAUUAUUCCGUUAUGUAGACUUAAAGAUUGAUGAAAUGUGUGCCAGUUUUACCAAAAGACACGGAUGAAAACACUGGACUGUGAUGUACAGGAUGUGGCCAAACUUCUCUGGAUGUAUGACAGACGGUGAAGCAGGAGCAGAACCCGUGAAUCCUACACAUCUGACCUCCUCUACCCAUCCUUUUACUGGCUAUCUGAAACCCAGAUUUUCUUGUUGAAACGAUAAAGUGUUUAAUUUCACAAAAUAAUGUAGCAAAAAGCGUAUCCUUGGAGAUAUUUGACCUCUUGUAACCCCAUCUCGCAUGGGUCCGGUGCAUUGUCUUUUUAACGCUUCAUUUUCGAUGGGGCUGAGCACAACACUUAAGUUCGCACUCAUUUGUAAAUUAUUAGACCAAUGUGCCGUAUUUGCCCCCAGUCAGUUACCCCAGCUGUGCAGCCACUUCAGGUUUCUGUUGUAUGUUUGAAGUGAUUUGAUACCAUCAAGUCAGUCAGCGCCCCUGGCCUUUCGGGAGAAUGAACGGCUCUCUUUUAACCCCGCCCAGCCCGCGGGCGGCAAACUCCUCUCCUUUACCUCCCUCACCCUCCCCAUCUCCGUCCCCUCCGUCUCCCUCUUUGCUGCCCCUGUCCCCCCGGCCACCCCCUCUACCACCUCUGGUGAGCCCUCCGCCCCAGGCUCACCCAUCCUCCCUGUCCGACACCCCCACACCGUCCCCCUCGCCUUGCCUGAGCUGGACCGAAUUCUGUGAGCUCCACGCCCGCGUUGCAGCUGGUGACUUUGCACGCCACUUUCGGGCUUUUCUCCUGGAAAACCCCCACUACUCCCCAGAUUCAGCAGCCGCCUUCUGCCGGCGCUUCACCGACCGGUUUGUUCGUCACUUCCAGAGCGAGCUGGAGGGGGCGCUCCCGCCCACCUGUGCUUCUAGGAGGGACGAUAUGGUGAGCUGGGCUCCCCAGUCAGAUGCUACUUCCCUUGAAGAGGAAGCGGUUUCCCCCCUGUCAGCGUCUGGGGGAGCUGUCCUCCCAUGUCCCCCGACUAACAUGACACGGGCCUUGUCCAAGCCUGCACCGACACGGCUGGUGUUGGAGAACCGCAGCGGGGACAGGUUUCAAGAUUCUUACGCCCACAGCCAAGUCCUGCCUCCAUCUUCGUCAUCGUCGUGUUGCUCCUCAGUGGGAGGAAACAAUGGGAGGCGUGAAGAGAGGGGGGCCAUGAUUGCACCUGGGAACGGGGAAGCACCAGUUGAGGAAGAGGAGGACAGCUGGUUAGGGGUAGCGUCUGUGGGGGAAGACGUUGAGCCAGAAGAGCAGGAAGCAGAGUCCACAGAGGUGGACAGCGCAGACCCCUCCCACACUCGUCAGAUUCCACCUUCCUCUUCCUCGGUCACUCCCCCACCUGGCUCAAAAGGUAACGGUACGCCCAACUCCUCUAAAAACAAACUGAAGAAGCGCUUUUCUCUGCGGAGUGUGGGUCGCAGUGUGCGGGGGAGUGUCCGGGGCAUCCUGCACUGGCGAAGCUCCUCCAGUGACUCCGCCCAGAGCCAGCUGCCCUCCAGCUACAGCUACACUAUGGGUGUGCAGGACGCCAGCUUUGUUUCAACCUCAAAGAGGAACUCUGGUACGCAGCCUCCUACACCCACCUCCUCCAUGCCUGUUUCUCUGUCCAUGCCCCUCUCCCUUCCCCACUCUUCCUCCUCCUCGCUGCCCCCCUCAUCUUCAAGCAGCGCCACCUCUCUGUCUCUUUCGGAAGCUGCCCGGGAUCGGCGGCGGAGCAACGGCGAAGGAGGUGAGAAGGAAAAGUGGAGCCAUCGUCUGGAGAAACUCAGACUGUCACGAUCCCCUCCUCCCGUCCUCACCCCCACCGCCGGCUCUCACUCCGCCUCCUCCACGCUGCCUCCGAGCAGUGCCGCCGCCGCCGCCAUGGGACCUCCGAGGAAGGUGGGCCGGCUGGUGCGGGAGGGCGGGGUGAGCGUUAGUUCAUCCAGCGACGAGUUAAGUGCAAGCCACGGCUUUUCUGGCUUCUCGUUUAGUCUACUGCAUCACGGUACGGACAACAACAACGCUGCCUCAGCUUCACCCGCUGCUGCUCAGGCAGGUCCAGUGCAGCCUCUGGCCAGCGGAGGGAACGUGCCCUGGAGAGGAGGACGCUGGCAUAAAUGUCGUCUGGUCCUCAGAGAGAGAGACCGAGAAGGUGGUGAGCGGGGAGAGGAGUACUACUUGGAAUUCUUCAUUCCACCUAAAUCAUCAAAGCCCCGGCUGACUGUCCCUUGCUGCUCAAUUGUGGAUGUGAGGAGCACCACAGCGCUGGAGGUCCCCGACAAGGAGAACACCUUUCUGCUGCAGCUGGAAGGGGCGGCGCAGUAUGUGAUCGAGACACGUGACGCUGUACAGAUGAGAGCCUGGCUGAGUGACAUCAGGAACGGCAUCUGUCUCAGUGAACAGGAAGAUGCUGAAGGUGUGUGUGGGGGGCCGCUGGACAUCAGUGGGACACCUGAGAUUGUUGACCGUCUUUCACAAGUGUGUUAUGGAGGUAUCGGAGGCUCCUCGCCUCUGAUGGAUCCUCUCCCGCCGGAGCUGCCACCUCGAGCCCCCCUCGAUGAACCAGACAGGAUUCUCGGAGGCGGGGCUAGUCUGGGCACACCUUUUGCUGAGACGCCAGACGCCACAGGGUCCUUCCUGUUCUCGGAGACGACCGUUGCAGAGACGGUGGAGCACCCGCUCAGCGAGUGCCAGUGGUUCCACGGCACGCUGUCCCGUCUCAAAGCUGCUCAGCUGGUGUUGGCUGGAGGCCCGGCGAGCCACGGUGUCUUCCUGGUUCGCCAGAGCGAGACACGGCGCGGAGAAUAUGUCCUCACCUUUAACUUCCAGGGCAAGGCCAAGCACCUCCGUCUGUCCCUGAACGAGGACGGUCAGUGCCGAGUGCAGCACCUUUGGUUCCAGUCCAUCUUUGACAUGCUGGAGCACUUCCGGGUGCACCCGAUCCCCCUGGAGUCCGGCGGCGCCUCAGACGUCACGCUCAUCAGCUUCGUGGGUGCCACUGCUGUUCGCCAGCCAGGCCGGGACAGGGCAGGCAGUCGGCCUACAGUCUGUGAUGUCAUCACCACGCGCCAUCCUGACUCUCCAUCAACCCCCAUCUCUGACUGUGUACUUGACCAGCAGACCCCGUAGCCCUCCUCAGCCUCCUCCCCUGCCGCCGGGCCGCCCGCCGCCCCCGACUCCUCCCCAGGAGAGAGGAAACGAGACGGAGGUGGGAGGAGGGGGAGGAGGAGGAGGAGCAGCUGUGGUGACAAUGGCAACGACAGGAGGAGGAGGAGGAGGAAGUGGAGGCAGCGGAGGUGGUAGUGGAGGAGGAGUGGAGGACUGGGAGGAGAGGGACAGGGACACUCCUCUCCGCCAACUAGAAGCUGUGGAGGGAGAAGAGAGGGACGGAGCGAGGGCACCCCGAGCCAUCGAUAACCAGUACUCCUUCUUCUGAUAAAGGGAAGGCCAUGAGGGGGAGGAGUGUGUGUGUGUGUGUGUGUGUCCGACAGAGUGUGUGUGAGCGAACGUGAGAUUGGAUGAGGCGGCGUACAUCAUAGCCAUUCAUAACCAGUAUUUUUAUUUUGUUAGCAAGCUGGAGGAGAAGAGGAGGAGGAGGAGGAGGAGGAGGAGGUGGUGUAAAAGUACUAACACUAUACGAGAGAGAGAGAGAGAGAAGACUAAGCAGACGGAGAGACGGGUGAGAGCAGCUUUACAACACUAACUAGCGGUACAUUUCUUUAAUUUUUUUUAGUCAGAUAAGCUUUUGUUUUUGCCGGUACGCCUCGCAGCAGGCUCUUUCUCGGACGUGCAAGUGAACAGCAGUGAGAGCUUGAGCCCUGUGGAGCCAGCAGUCCCAAUACCUCACAGUGGUCCUGCCAAGACGGCACACGCUAGCCAGAGGCCGAACGUACUCUACAGACAUUUGCACUGUGGCAAGUAGACCCAAGACAUUACACUCUUACUGGAACGGAGCCGACGUCACAGCGAGCUCCAAUUUAAAAAAAAACAUUAUACUGGCUUUAAAGGUUCUGCAUGUAGCGUAUUAACAGCAUUAACACACUGACAUCAGAACACAGUUACAGGAGCUACGAGACCAAACCGAAAUGUGAAUUUAAAAUCAGCAACACGAUAUGUUGUCGAAUGUAUAAUAAUAAUAAUAAUAAUACUAACACUAAUGACACGAUGUUUGAUUUUUAGAUGCGUUUCCUGAUUCAGUUUUUAGUCAGGUUGGAGAUACUGGAGCCUGCCAAAAAAAAAACUAUUUUCUUGUAACUAGGAGGGAGACUUUGACCUCCGUUCACACUGAGCCACUUCGUGCGUCUUCGGCGGAUCUGAUAUCAAAAAAAUCCCGGUGUAAAUGCAACCAAGAAGCAUCGCAGACGGAUGUUCAACAGGUAUAAAUGUAAGACCCAAAGGGAGUCUUUACUCCUUCCAAGUGUAACUGUCCGUAAGCGAUCUGUGGAGGUCGCCUCUACAGCGCGUUAUGCCGAAUCCUGUGACCCGUCAGAUUCUGUAUCGCCACUGUAAAUCUUUUAUCACACUUUAUUUCGAUAGGUAGGCCUACUGGCAAACAUGGCGCCCCUAUAGUAUUUAGUAUUUAGCUGUGUAAUAUUCAGAUGUGAGAUAUAAGAACAUUUGGAUAUGUGUACAGUUUGUGCACAAACUGUAGUGUACAGGUUUUUCUGUAGAGCAGUAACACCUCACCUGACGGUGUCUGGUCGACGCUUCGGUCUUUUUCAUGUUGUCGCGUUCUGAUUAAAUAUUACGCUGGCGCCAUGUUUGGUAACAGCUGUCACAGUAAAGCGUGUUAGAGGUUGCAGUGGCAGUAUAGCAGAAACUCUUAUCGUUUGACAGAAUCACAGAAACGCUGAAAUCAGCCGUUGUUCUCCUUGUCGCGAUCUCAGCACGUACGAUCGUACAGAAGGCAUAACACGGUGUCGUUGUGGCGCCGGUUUGAUUCCAGUACCUGAUACAAAAUCAAGGUGAAAGUCGUCAUGAUGGCAAAACUUUAAAAAGAAGGUGCAGGUUGAAAAUAAUUUAUUAUUGGUACCACUUUCUAAUAAUGCACCUCUUAUAACAGGUUUAUAAGUACUAACUGGCUUUAUUAAUGCGUUAUGAAUUGUUUACUAAGGCUGUUUAAAGCUAUUAGUAAUAAUAACUACUUUUGGGUUGCCAGGUCUUGUUUCUGUUUGGUAAUAAUGCAGUUAUAAAUUAUAAAUGUUGGCCAUCCAUUAAUAAAUGCUCAUGGUUUUCUCACUUUCUAAUAAGUCAUAUAAAACAAUAUUAAAUGCUUUAUUAACUAUCAAUAAAGCCAUUAGUUACAACUUAUAACCCAUUUAUAAAGGGUGCCUUAAUUAAAAGUUGUACCAAAAGAGUAAACACCAGCCAAUGGGAUUUUUCACAACCUGGCAACUCAAAUGUUUUUAUUAAUGUUUGUAAGUGAUCUAUACAACUGAUCUGUGGGUCAUCAGUAAAGACAGAACAAGCAAAACCGAUUUAGUCGAUUAUUCGACAGAAGGAAAAUUAAGCUGCAACGAUUUUGAUAAUCAAAUAAUAGUUUAUCAAGCAAUAAUAAGCUAAACGUUUGUUGGUUCCAGUUUCUGAAAUGUGAGAAUUUGCUGCUUUUCUUUGUUUUACGUGAUUGUAAACUUAAAUAUAUCUUUUGGGUUUUAGACUUUGCCUAAAACAAGCAAUUUGAAGACUUCUACUACAGCUCUGGGAGAUUUUAAAUGGGCCUUUUUGUUUUACACUCUUCUGGCAUUUGAUAGACUAAAUUAUUUAUAAAAAAAAAAAAAAAAAAAGCCCACAAAUGUGUAUUUUAGCAGAACGAGUGUGGGCAGACUAAAAUGUUGAAAUUAGGCUUUUAAAAAGGGAUAUUUUCUGUACUGAAUGCGUGAUGAAAGACUCUAAUAGUGUAUAAAAGCCCCUUAAAGAACACGUUUGCCAGCGCACAAGGCAGCAUUAAAUGGACGGAUUUUUCAAUGGAGUCUGGUUUGAGGUUGUCUCAACGCAGCGGAGAAUGUAAUAUCUCGGGUCUAAGUGGCACAUGGACGAGAGCAGGCGGGAAACAUUUACCUCAGACACUCAGCAGCAUCGCUCGGUAUAUACUGUACGUCUCUCUUUCUCUCUCUGUUACUCUCUGACACAACAAACUAAGCUGAACUGGGAGAGAUGUGUUUUCUUUCAGAGAGAAAUUAUUGAUGAUACCAAUAACAAUAAUAUUGAUGGAAAUAAUAAUAAUGACGGUCAGAAUAAUAGAAUUAAUUUUAUUUGUUUUUAGGACACUUUUUUAUUUUUGUUUAUUUUGUAUGCUUACUCCAUGUACGUGUAACAUUCGUUCCGACUCCGAAUCUUGUAAUUGAGUUGAAAAUGUGUUUGUGCCUUUUUUUUAUUUUUAAUUUUUGGGAUAAAAAGAAGGAAACAAAAAAAAAAAUAUAUAUAUAUAUAUAUAUAUAUAUAAGAUUUGCUAUAAUGCCUCAUUCUCAAGGCUACAGUAUCCUCACUCUCUUUCAUGCUGUCUUCUCCUCCUCAAGCUCAUCCUCCAUUCAUCUUAAAAAGAAAAUAUACAAUUAGCAGAAAAUGUCGAUGAGAAUACCUACUUUUUCUACUUGUGCCUUUCUGUGUCUGUCGUCUCGCCAUCGGCCUCUGCCUGCAUUCGUGUCGCUCUGUCUUCGUUCACGUUUCGGUUCAGAGCUUGCCUGUUUCUUUAUGCCGCCACAUAACCUACCCAGUCAUUUCUCCCGCUCUUUUCUUUGCUCAUGUAUUUGUCUAUAUGCGCCCCCCCCCCUCCCCAAAAAUCAUCAUGUUCUGUGUCCUUUUCUCAGUUUCAAAACUCUUUGUGCCUUUCUCUGUCUCUUUUCUCUCUUUGCUGGGACCGUGUUUUGAGGGCGGGCAGUGUUGUCUGUCCCACCUUGUGUGGUUAGUUUCAGGUACUACAUUGAAUUUAAUGAUAUAAUAUAAAUAUAGUGAAACAUA